AUGGCUACCUCCACCACCAACGACAACUCCCUGCCCAAGCCGUCGCACUUCCCCUUGGCCGGGGGUGCCAACGACGGCUGGUCCACCGAGGACGAAGCUACGGCGACGUGCUACUGCGGCGCCGUGCAGCUGUCCUUCCCAACCCACGGCCCGGGCCUAGUCGACGUGUUCGUGUGCAACUGCUCCGACUGCCGGAAGAUCACAGCGUCGAUGUUCGCGACGGGCUUCAUCGUCAAAGAUACACACUUGAAGCACGUGCGCGGGCGGGAGAAUCUGAAGACGUAUGGACAGGAUAGGACUAUUGCUUCUGGACACACCACGACCAACUACUUCUGCAACACCUGCGGCUCCCUCAUGUACCGCGUCAGCGCCGGAUUCCCGGGCCACAGCGCCCUGCGCCUCGGCACCGUGGACGACUUCGCGCUGCACGAGACGGAGCUGAAGCCGCGCGUGGAGCAGUAUGUUAAGGAUCGGGUUGGUUGGCUGCAUGGGGCGGAGGGCGUGAGACAGGUGCAGGGGAGCGCUUAUUAG